UUAUAAAGAAGAACAAAAAUAAUCAAAUUUUUUUCCUUCCAAGCUAAACAAUCAGUUAGAUAUGUUCAUUGAGAAAGAUUACAUAAUAUUAUUUUUAUUUCUUAUAAAAUAUUGUUUUGAUAUAAUAUAUAGAUGAUAAACUUGGAAGGGAAGAAUCUUAUCACGAAGGUUGCCUCUGCCAAGGUCACACAUGCUUUUAAGUUUGAUUUCCAAUACUCUUAAGUCAAAUGCUUCUUUUAUAAAAAUAAAAAAUAAAAAAUAAAAAAUAAAAAACCCUCCUCUGCUUCAACAGUAUUACAGAAAAAGACUCCUACCAAAACACACCUCCCCUCUCGUUCACACAAGUCUCAUGCCAGAGCAAAAAUAUUGAUUGCUGAAAAAGACUCCUACCAACAAUACUUUCCCAGCUUCCUUAAACCAAAAUCUCUCUCUCUCCCUUCCUCUCUCUCUCUCUAAAAGGCAAUAGUAAAAGAACUCUCUCUAUAUCUCCCUCCCUCCCUCCCUCCAAUGUCUUCCAGCAAAAAGCACAAGCUUAUCAAAACCCUACUCAUAUCCAAUAUUGCAGGUUGUGGCUGUGGCAAGCCAAAGCUCUCAGAUGUAUAUGAGCCAACUCCAAAACCCAAAACCCAAAUCCCCCAAAACCCAACUCCACAACGACGUUCCUCUUCAAGCUCUUGUGACAAAAAUGGCAGUUUCACUGUCGAUGACGACGACGAUGAUAAUGAGGACCAGUGCACCUCCACCACAAUCUCCUUCAACAACAACUCCUCCUCACACCCGUCUGAUUCAUCAGAAAGCACAAAUCCAAAGAACACCAAGUUCCCAAGCCCCAAGUGGACGAAGAUCGACGACAGCAUUGCUGUGGUGAAGGAAUCCAACGAUCCCUACCAAGACUUCAGGCAGUCUAUGCUGCAGAUGAUCGUAGAGAAGCAGAUUUAUUCGAAGGAGGAUCUGCAGGAGCUGCUCAGCUGCUUUCUUGAACUCAACUCUGCAUCCCACCAUGAUGUUAUUAUCCAAGUUUUUACACAAAUCUGGAAUGAUCUGAUCAGAGAAAGUAAGAAACCGAUCAUGUGAAUCCUAGCGGUGACAUGUGUCAUGGCCAUGUGAGGCAUUGAAUUGAUGGGCAAGUGGGAGAGGUUGGGAAAAUUCAUUAGCCAUAAAUUCAUGGGGUUGGUACUCGAGAUUAAAGCACUUGCAGAGAGAUAUUGUGUUUUCCCAUUUGGAUUGGUAUGUACGGUGGGAGAAAAAUUUACAUGUAAUGGGGUGCCACUGUGAUGAUAUUAUCAUGUAUUUUAAUUUUCCGACAUAUUUGAAAUUUCGCUACAGUGACAUUCUCUUUGUAUAUGAACUCUUCUCAUAUGGUGGAUAGAUAGGAAAUUUUAAAUAGCUUAGAAUUUUUUAUAUAUAAGAAAAUGAAACGAAAAUCUUUUUUUUUUUGUGUGUGUCUGUUUUUGUAUGUUCGUGUACAAUUUCCAACAUGGCUAUUCAAUAGUAACUGUGUGGUUUUAAUGAGUUUGCAGUUCAGCCAUCAUUGUUGCUGUUUCUAUGUUUGGUUGGUGCUUGGCAAUGGCAUAUUGGAGAGAUCUCAAAUAUUUUUGUCUGAUUGCAUAAGCAUUUACUGGCUUAGCUUUGCAGUACUUCUCAGGUAGGAAUACCAUCAUCUUACCAUAGAGUAAAGAUGGUUUCUCAUCAAACUUUUUUCUUUUUUUUUCUUUUUGAAUACAAGUGAUAGUUUAAACUAGAAUAGAAUGGGGUUUCUCACACAAAUGUUUGCGUCAUUGAGAUUCGAAUCUAAGACCACUGGUCAUUAAGAAUCAAUGCACUUUCCAUCGGACUAGACUCGUUGGUGAUUCCAUCAAAACUUAACAUGACCUAUUCAUUGGUUUUUCUAAAAUUAAUUAGCAAUGACAUAUUCAAUGUCCACAAAUGAGAUAACACCUAUUCAAACCAUCUAACUCUUGCAAUUUCAAUCCUUUUUUUUUUUUUUCAUUCAGAAACGGCAGUUUUGGAGAAAUUGGUAACCCGUAUCCAUUAAGUGUCCCCUUAGGAGACCUUAAAACUUAGGUUUGAGCCAAACAUAGCUUGGUUUAAAAUGUGGGACAUCAAUUGUAUAUCAAGAAUAAAGUAUAUGACCUGUUAAGCCACUGAGUAAAGGACACUGAUUUUGGUGUCUGUAGUCAAAGGCCAUUA